CUUUCCCACGGCGCCAUGGGAGCGCACCGGUGGGCACAGAAGGCACUGGGAAGAGGCGGUCGGCGAAUAGCGUCACCUCCUAAGCUCCGCCCAACAGAAGCGCCUUCUAAGCUCGUUCUUCCGCCUGCUUCCCCCCUCUUUUCCUUUCUCCGCCAUCGUGGUGUGUUCUUGCCUCCGCUUCUCGCCAUGUCUUCUCACAAGACUUUCAGGAUUAAGCGAUUCCUGGCCAAGAAACAAAAACAAAAUCGUCCCAUUCCCCAGUGGAUUCGGAUGAAAACUGGAAAUAAAAUAAGGUACAACUCCAAAAGGAGACACUGGAGAAGAACCAAGCUGGGUCUAUAAGGAAUUGCACAUGAGAUGGCACAUAUAUUUGUGCUGUCUGAAGGUCACGAUCACAUUACCAUAUCAAACUGAAAAUGUCACCACUCUCUGGAGAGUUCGACGUAUUUUCCUCUCUGAAUCUAUUAUGAAUGUGUUGGUUGGCUGGGUUCAGUAAUAAAUAUGUGAGGCCUUUCAUUUCAAU